GUGUUUUGUACGUUGGCAGUUGGUAGGUUGUGUGUUCGAGAUGUGCGUUUCUGUGGCAGUGCAUCCAGUUACCCGUAUUCCUUACAAUGAGUCAAUUUAAAACUAAUUCACACCCAGUGUUUUUUAUUUUGGUGCCACAACCUUCAGUUUCCACGAUAAACCCGCUAUAACCCACAAACUUUGCUAUACUUCACCACCCCAGUGAUUUUGCUACACACCCUCCAUGUCCUUCAGAAUUUGCCUCCCUGUGUUGGGCUCUCCCCUUGAAUUGUCUGAGGAAGAAGUGGAGGAGAAAAGAGUCUCCCAAAUAAUUUACCAGAACGACAUAUGCCUCUUAGAACCACAGCUUUCAAGGGUUCCUGUAAUAAAGAUUUUGUUCGUCGGCUCCGCUGAUGUCGGGAAAAGCGCCCUUUUAUUACAAUUUUCCGAUUCCGCGUUCUAUGCCUCAAGACAUAAAAGUACCGUUGGGGUGGAUAUGAAAGUAAAACUCGAAUCGGUGGACGGAAGAAUGGUGAAGGUUAUUCUCUGGGACACAGCGGGACAAGAACGGUAUCGUGCUUUGGCACCCUCGAUUUACCAUAACACGCAAGGCUUAAUCUUGACGUAUGACAUAACAAGACUAAACACGUUUGAGGAUCUAAAGGAUUUUUGGCUAUCAGAAUGCCUUAGGCACUGUCAACAGAAGUCCCAGAUGGUUGUUUUCAUCGUGGGGAAUAAAAAGGACUUGACAUUGAGUGAAGCGGGUUCUAGAGGUUCCACCAGACAGGUAUUCAAGGAAGAUAUUCAAGGGCUUUCAAAGUAUAUCGAAGCUUUACGCUUGGAAAACGACACUGAAACUUUAUUCAAAGUUGGUGGAUUUUAUGAGGUGAGUGCAAAUAAUAAGUACCAGGUGGACGCAUUGAUGCAGCGAGUUCUUCAGGCGGUGGUGCAGACUACCGGAGUAUUCGCAAACCCUAGAGUAAUGGUUCAAGGGGGUGGUAGUCAGGUCUCCUCGAAGAUGGAGCAUAAAAAUUCCUUUAAUUGAACGACUGGAAGUACCUCUCUCUGAAGUUAUCGCCAACGGUGGCAUUCUUCGU